AUGGUUGGGGAGUCACUCACGCAGAUGGCCAGGAGGAAAAACGUCGAGAGGAUGGCCGCCCAGAGAAAAUUCGAAGCCAAACGAUCUGAACCUUCACUCGUUGCCAGGGCUGAGUCUUCUCCGCCUAUUCCUAUGGAAAAAAUGACUCAGAUUGAUACGGCCAAAAUGGAGCACAUUGUCGAUCAACAGGGCAAUCAGGAGGCCGAGCAUAGGGGGGAAAAACAUCCUGCUGAGCACGAAGCUGACUCUGUAGAAAACCUAACUGAUAAACAGUUGUGCAUAGAGGAGUCAGACUUGGUUGUGUCAUUUAUCAUACAACCGAGGAUAAAGAAUGUGCCGAUUGCUUCUGAUGCAUUGGCUGUGAAAGACCCUGCUGUGGCCUUAAGCAUGGCCUCUUCAAUUUCCCUACCGAUUGAUAGAGCAACCUUUCGGGCGGAGCCGGAUUUGCUGAUAGCUAAGAUUGGCCGCCGUCAACAUGAUGCUAUAGAACAAAUCAGCUUUCUCACAGCCGAAAUUGAAAAUAAAAAGAGCAAGGCCAAGAAGGCCUCUCUCAGAGCCGAGUCCGAGGCGAUGAAAGCGGCAGAAGAACGCGCAAGGGUCGACGCCGAGACAGAAAAGGCCAAGAGUUCCGACCAACUCAGGUUGGCCACUGAAGAGAGGGCGAACGUGAGCGAUGAUGCGCUCAAGUUAGCCAAGAAGGUGAUUGCCAAACUGGAGGCUGAUUUGGAAGCAUCGAAGAAGGCAAAGGAAAUAGCCGACUCUGAGAUUUCCAAAACAUUCCAAGCUGGGAAGGACGCCGCCUUGGAAAAUUACGUGGAGGAAGUACCCAAGUUCGAGAAUUGGGGCUUCAAACACGGCAACGAUUUGAAGAAAGUUAUGGUUUCGGCCAACGACGCCGUGCUUGCGGAAAUCAAAAUCGCACUCCAGUUCUUUGGCUGUCCAAACCUCCAAAAGCAAGGGAGGUCAGCUCAUAUACUUCUCAGAUACGAGCCGACUUACGCAAUCUUUUCGGCCGCAAACAACAUUCCAAUUUCGAGGGGCAAACAGCAGCUCAUGACUUUUAUCUUCCCCAACUUCAAAAACCUUAGGCAGAUUGGUUUGAAGGCUUCUGAUUUGCAGCAGGUGGAAGACCAAGUAGCCGAAGAAGUCGUCAAGCAGCCAAAUCAGCCUAUUUUGGAAGCUGAAGAAGUUGACGAGGCUCUGAAUUUGGCUUUCGAAGAAGCCGACCUUAAUCGAUCCAACCCUCCAUCUACUUCAGGCCGAGGGGACGUCUCUUUUGAAGACAUUUUUACCGACUUAGGGGACCUUCCCGGCACGUACCCUGAGAACAUGGCUGGGGAAUUGCUCACGCAGCUGGCCAGGAGGAAAAAUGCCGAACGGAUGGCCACCCAGAGGAGGGUCGAGACCAACCGAUCUGAACCUCCCCUUGCUGUCGUGGCUGAGUCUUCUCAGCCGAAUAUCAAAACGGAGCAGGUUGAAACGGUUCAGGUUGAAACGACUGAGUCAGAGCAAAUUGUCGAACAGUUUGAUCAAGAGGCCGAGCAGAGGGGGGAAAAGCAUCCCGCUGAGCGCGAAGCCGACCCUGAGGAAAUACUUACCGAUAAACAGCCAUGCUUGGAGGAGUCAAACUCGGUUGUGCCGUUCAUCUUCCUACCAAGGAUAAAGAACGUGCCGAUUGCGUCUGAUGCGUCGACUCUAAAAGAUCCGGCUGUGGCCUUGAGUGGAGCCAGAUUUAUUGUCAAUAACAUUAGCCGCUCAAUCGACCAUAUUGGUAUGUGA